CAAGUUCAGUGAAUAAUAAGCAGGGCGUGUCAAGGCUUUACUAUAUCCCGACCAACUGCAAAACUGAAAUGAACGAUACGAAUAUAAAAGAGUGUCCAAACGAAAAUUUGUCAGUGGAAAUCAUCCAGUCAACAAAUAAUCAUCAUGAACUCAAUCGCUGCCGUAGUUUUCUUUGCCGUCGUUGCUGCCGCCAGCGCAGGCAUCGUAGCUCCCAGUGGUUUGAUUGCAAGCACUUAUGCCGCUCCAGCCCUUACUGCCUACUCUGCACCCCUUGCUUAUAACGCACCCUUGGCCUACUCUGCUCUCGCUGCUCCAGCUUACACCGCCUACUCUUCCCCAAUUGCCUACUCUGGUGUCCUUGGACAUGCCGCUGAAAGUACUGUAGUUGCUGGACCAUCAGGAACUAUCACCAAAACCAACAGCAUUGCUACCCCAGCAAUUGCUGCCAGAUACGCUCUUCCAAGUGCUUACACUUAUGGAGGUCUCUACUUGUAAAUUUGUGAUAAAUUAAUAAAAUAAUAGUAUAAA